AUGAGCGCAUAUCCCGAUCCCAAUGAGAACGCGCCGCAUCCCUACACGACGCUCUACCCGCAGCAUCCCAAUACGCAGCAGCUCGAUGGCCAGACUUCACGCGGAUUGCUUGGAGCGCCGGGAGUGUCUGGAGCGCCAGGAGUGUCCUAUCCACCACCGCCAGAGCCGGGCUACCCCAAAAUUGAGAACAUCAACGAAGUGCUGCAGGCACAAGCUCUCCACGCGAAUCAUGCCCUGACCGACCAGCGACCCCUGCCGCCGCCUGGACAGGGCCACGGGCAGGUCCAGAUAGCUUCGGCGCAGCAGCAGAGCAACAUUGACAGUAACAACACCAACCACGGUCACGGUCACGGUCACAGCCACAGCCACGGUCACAGCCACGGUCACAACCACAAGCCCAAUCGCCUCCGCAAGGCCUGCGAUUCGUGCAGCAUCCGCAAGGUCAAGUGCGAUGAGUCCGGGCCGCCGUGCCGUGCCUGCCUUGCGUUGGAGAUUCCGUGCACCUUCGACCGCCCCAGCAGGAGACGAGGCCCUCCCAACCGCCAUGCCGAAGCCAUCAAAAAGCGCCGUCUGGACGAGACAGACCCCGCCUCGGGCCAGCCGUCGCCGCAGUCGCCCACCAAUGCCGCCCACGCCCUGGCCCAGUUGCAGUCGUCGACGCCUACGCAGCUGUCCGCCGACGCCAUUUGUCCGCUCAACACCAUGAACGCCCUCAUCGACGACUUCUUCACCCACAUCCACCCGCUGUGUCCCUUCCCGCACGAACCGUCGUUCCGAGAAGCAUGGGCGCGCCGCGAAGACUAUACCAAUCCAUCUUUUCUGGCCCUGCUGGCUUCGAUGAUUGCCUGUCUCGUGGCAUCGUUCCCGCGCAAGCCACGUCUUCACCUGAAGACGCAGACGCGCCACGAAUACCCCUCCCACCUCUCUCUGGUCGACAAGUGUCGCGAGGUGUGUACCCAGGCGCGAGGACCUGGCUAUCUUGACCGGCCCAGCUUGAACGUAUAUGAUGCCUGCACGAGUUACUUCCUAGGCCUGACGGGCGCGUAUGUUUUCCAAUGGCGCCAGCUACGGCUCUAUUUUGCCGAGUGCCUGACCAUCAUCCGCUCCUUGGGCCUGCACAAGGCACACGACCAGGGCUACACUCAUCUGGGAGCUGUGCCGAGCGCGUGGGGCUCAGAUGGCCCAAAUUUCGACGGCGCACACGACUUCAAGCUGGAUCACAUCACCGAGCAGAUUGGUCGGAGGCUGUUCUGGACUGUCUUCGUUGGCGUACGGACAAUCCAGCAACUUGGCGCCUCAUUCAGCGAGCUGACAAUUGCGCCCGCAACACCCACCGAGCCCCUGCCGCCACUGCCUGUUGAAGUAGACGAUGUUCACAUCUUCCCAGACGAAAUACAAGCCCAGCAGUCCGGUGUUAUCCCUCUCAUCACAGGCUUCAACGUAAAUGUCCGCAUCUUCUUGUCGUACUCUUCGCUCUCUACUGCCGAGAUGGCAUUCGGCAUGGAUGAGGUCUUUGACUGGGAUCGACAGCAGCGCAUAUUCGAGCAGAGCUUGCAGCGCUGUAGGCAGAUCCUCGAAAGCCUACCAGACGUCCUCAAGGUACAGUCUAAAGCCGCACGUGACAACCUGGCACAACCCAAGCAGCCGUACUUCCCACCUUUACCUGACUUCGACGGCAUGCGUGAGCCUGCACUGAACAGUUUUAGUACUGCCGAAGCCCAGGACCUGCGUCGUUAUGAGAUCCAAAAGGCCAACGUGUAUGCUAGCCACUUGGCUACGCGCUCCUAUCUUGUCGAGAAGUACUUUAUGCUUCAAGAGAAGGCCAGCACAAAAGCUCAGAGCAAUAUUCGGAGCUCCCCUAGCGCCCUGGCGACCGGAUUGGACAGGUUCGUAUCCAGCUCUACUUCAGACGCCGAGGCCCUUGAGAAGAUCAUGUCCGAAGAGCGAGAGCUUGUCGUCAAGGACCUUCUUGUGGUGCUCGGCAGCAUCGACAUGGUCAACAUGGAGCCAAAUGGAGACUCAUUCAUCCAAAAGAUACGCUCAAUUGCCAGCACACUGCUGGUAGUGCCCAAGGAGAGAAAGGGCAGCGUGGCUCUGCAGCAUCAGGACUAUCUGUACAAGUUCCUUGAGAUCCUUGGGAAAUUGGAGCGGGCUAGUCCUGAGGCUAGCGACCCGUCCGACGCAAACAUGGACGAAGAGACUGAGCUGAGAUUGUGGGCCGAUUUACGUGACCAUCAGCUGAAGUUUCAAGAGCAAGGCGGGGUUUAUGGGUUCUCUUGA